AUGGGCGUCGGCGACACCACCUCCCCCCGCCGCCACGGCCCGCCGAUCUCGGCACAGCUGCCCGUCGAGACAUGGGCGCACAUCCUCUCCUACCUCCCCGCCGCCGAGCGCAUCCCCGCGCUCUCCGUCAACCGCCUCUUGCACGACGUCGCCCUCCGCUUCGUCCACUCGUCUGUGCACAUCCACCUUGGCGCCUGGGAGACGGUCCACCCCAACUUCAACGACCUCGGCAUCCCCGCGCCCGAGCUCCUGCGCCGCAACGCUCAGCGCUCCGCCGAGAUCCUCCAACAUAUCGUCACCAAUGCUCGCUUCGCGAAGAACGUUAGGAAGCUGUCCGUAUAUGCGUUCGCCCCCGGCGAUGCGAUGCGCGCAGCCGCGAUGAGAUUGCUCAAUAUAUUGACGCAAGCCCUCGAAAGACUGCCCAACUUGACGACAUUCCACUGGAUCGGAUGCGAGCCUUUGCCCGUCGAUGCGGUCAUCGACUAUUUCGUGUCGCGGAUUCCGCCCCUCAAGGAGCUUAGGAUACCAGCGCGCCCCUUCGAUGCCUUUCCCCGGAUGCUAGCUUUCAACUCCUUGGCAUCCCUAUGUUUAAGCUCGAAAAAUUACAUUGAACAUAUGGGCGGCUAUAAUAUCGCCGACCUUGAUGCUAUAGCCGAUACUACGCGUUCGAUCAUCCUCAACAACGUCGGCUCCUUGCUCUCGCUGACGGUCUUUGCCUCCGUCUUCGACCAUAUAGCCCCCGACUCUCUCGGGCGCUCGCUCGUCGAGCUCGACGUUUGGGCCUGCGAUGGCCUCACGGCCAUCUACCCCAUCCUCUCCCACUGCCCGCGCCUGACCGCGCUCGCCCUCCUCGAAGUCACCUGCACCGACCCGUCCUCCUUCCACCCCCUCGCCCCCGACCCACCGCCGCUCCCCCGGCUCUCCUCCUUCAAGCUCAUCGCCCUCGACGAGGUCUCCCGCGCCCAGUACGCCCAGAUCGCCGCGUUCCUCGCGCAGCACCCGGCGCUCCGCCGGCUCGACCUCGACAUGCCCUGCCGCGACCUGGAGCCGAUCCUCGCGCUCCUGCCCGACCUCGAGCGCCUCCAAGUCCUCGGCCUCGACGUGCGCGCCUACCCGGACCUCGCGCGCGUCGCGGACGCCCUCCCCCGCGGCCUGCGCGCGCUCCACGUCCAGACACGCUGGGAUCUACUCCCCGUCGAGGCGGAAGAGCUCAAGCCUCUCGUCGACGCCAUCUUCGAAACGAAGCCCCUCACGAUGCUCCACUUCGAGAACGUGUUCAUGGAAAAGCAGCGCUCGGCGGAGACGUUCGUCAAGAGCCUGCCCGAGCUCGAGGUGAUCAUGCUCCGCGACGACUGCUGGACCGUCUACCGCGAGCUCCCGCUCGUCCCGGACGCGCGCGGGCAGCACGUCGUCCGGGGGCAGGCGGUCGCGCAGGCCGCGGCGGGGAUGAGCACGCGGCCGCUCCCGGACGCGGCGACGGCGGUGCAGGCCGAAGCCGCCCGGACGCGCGUCCGUUUUUGGCUCGAGAAGUGGCCGAGAGGGAAGGUCGUGUUCCGGACCGCGGACGACUAUACGGACCCGGACCACGAGUGGUUGUUGAGGUUUCACGGGAUACAGGACGAUCUGACGGAUUUGGGGAGCGAGGAGGGCUGA